GUCGAGCGUCGGUGACUCGCUAUCAAGUUGACACUUUAAAGUGUUAAAAAGAGAGAGAGAGAGAGAAAAUGAAUAAACGAUUGACAGAACGAGAAGGAUAGCUCAUAGGGAAAACAACCCUCAAAUUUCAAGAAGAGAAGGGAACGAAAAAAGAAAAAGAAAAAGAAAAACACAGAGGAAGAAUAUCAAGAAAUGGGAGAUUCAAGUGACUCGCUCUCCAUAGAUAUGGAGACGCCUUCUCUUAGUGGAAAGCGAGAGAGAGGUAAGAAGAGCUGGUCCUUCUUGGAUGAAAGGUUUACCUUUUGAAUGCUUGGUUUGUGCAUUGAUCACUUUACCAACUUAGUAGACCCUGUAAUUACGAUGGAGUAUGUUAUCGAAACUUGCUAUGGUCAUGUGUCUGUUUCUGUAUAUGGAGACCAAGACAAACCAGCUCUUGUUACUUAUCCUGAUUUAGCUCUAAAUCAUACCUCGUGUUUUCAAGGAUUAUUAUUUUGUCCUGAAGCAUGCUCGUUGCUUCUUCACAACUUUUGCAUAUAUCAUAUCAGUCCUCCUGGGCAUGAGUUAGGAGCUGCAACAAUUAGCCCUGAUGACCCUUUGCUUUCUGUUGAUGACUUGGCAGACCAAAUUGCUGAGGUUCUUAACUAUUUUGGACUUGAUGCAGUGAUGUGUAUGGGGGUUACAGCUGGAGCUUACAUUCUUACUCUAUUUGCUAUGAAAUACAGGCAACGCGUCCUUGGCUUGAUACUUAUUUCUCCUCUAUGCAAUGCACCCUCUUGGACAGAAUGGCUGUAUAAUAAGGUCUUGUCUAAUUUACUAUACUAUUAUGGAAUGUGUGGAGUUGUGAAGGAAUUAUUGCUUAAGCGGUAUUUCAGCAAGGAAGCUCUUGGUAGUUCUCAAGUACCAGAAUCAGAUGCAGUCCAGGCCUGCAAAAGAUUGCUGGAUGAAAGGCAGGGUUUAAAUGUAUGGCGAUUUCUUGAAGCAAUAAAUGGCAGGAGACAAGACAUUAGUAAUGGAUUGAGAAAACUACUUUGUUGCUCACUAAUAUUUGUUGGCGAGAACUCUCCGUUUCAUUUUGAGUCUCUUGACAUGACCUCAGAACUAGACAGAAGAUAUAGUGCCUUAGUAGAGGUUCAGGCAUGUGGGUCAAUGGUGACAGAGGAGCAGCCUCAUGCCAUGUUAAUACCAAUGGAGUACUUUCUCACAGGAUACGGUAUGUACAGGCCGCCAAAGUUAAGUGGUAGUCCAAGAAGUACUUUGAGUCCAAUUUGCAUUUCCCCGGAGCUCCUCUCACCGGAAAGCAUGGGCUUGAAGUUAAAACCGAUAAAAACACGAAUAUCUCUAGAAGUCUAAAGGAUAUGGAUGGUUGGGGAGAAUGCUUUUGUAAUCUUAUUUAUUGGAGGAGUUUGUAAUUUCUUUGAUUGGUUGGGACAUUAUAAAUGUUGGAGGAUUAGAAGAUUGUAGAUAGAAGGAAAGGAGGAAAAGAUACAAGGGAAAAAUAUUUAGAAAGAAAGCAGAUGUUGCCAUUCUUUUAUUUGUAAUCAUAAACUUCAGUCCAGGUUGAGAGUGGGUUCAGUUGUAAAUCCUUGAUUUUAUUCUAAGCAAAUAAUGACGGUGACAAUAAAGGGUGGGCGUUGAACAUGUGUUUUCACAGGUUUUAUAGUACAUAUAUAUUUUUUCU